CCACCUCUCAGGAGGUUACUGCCCACUGCUCGUGCUCGACCUUCCCAAAGCUCCGCUCUGAACGGCUUCCCGUCCUCAUCCCAUGCAUUUUAUCUAACAAAGCAGUUCCCCACUAAAAGGUUCCGAUGGUCGAACCCCCGGAAAGACUCCUCUCCCCGGUACCGACUUCCGAGCAACUUUCUCACGCCGGAAAGUUAGUCCGAAAAGACUCUCGGCGGAUCCCAUCGACGCCCCGCCCUGUGGAGCCGUUUGCGCCCGCGGUGACCCCGACCGACGGAGACAGGAAGCUGGACAGGAAGAAGAGCCAGCCUGGCCAUAUAUCAAAGACAAACGUCCAGUAUCACAAAUUAUUCAAGGAGAUAAGCAAGGAUGAGCUGCUUAAACAAAGCUACACAUGUGCGCUACAGAAGGACAUUUUGUACCAGGGGAAAAUGUUUGUCUCAGACAACUGGAUUUGCUUUCAUUCUAAAGUGUUUGGGAGAGAUACCAAGAUUGCCAUCCCUGCGCUCGCUGUAGCAUUAAUCAAAAAGACCAAGACCGCCAUCUUAGUCCCCAACGCCAUUGUUAUAGCUACGUCAACAGAGCGGCAUGUGUUCGUGUCAUUCCUUUCACGAGACAACACCUUUAAACUCCUCAAAUCCAUCAGUGUUGACUUGGACGUGGGGAACACAGGAAGUAGCCCCAUCACUUCCUCCUGCGAGAACAGCUUCAGCGUGGAGGCGCCGGCAUCGCUUCCUCACGACCUCUGCGGAGACUUCUCUGACCUAGAUAGUGGAUUGCGCCACAGAAGACGAGACCUGCUGGAGUCGAGCAGUUCCGGAUCACAGACACCCGACUAUGAGAAAAUGGCCGACUUUGACGGCAUGCCAGAGACCUUUCUGAACGUGGGGAAGAAUGGAGAGGUGUCUGUGCACGCAGACAUCCAUCUGCAGUCACCCGCGCCCAAACACCUGCUGCAAAACGGGCCAACCAAACCAGCCCUGGAGUCAAACCACAGAGGAAAGCCACAGCCCCCAUCCCUCAACACAAUCCUUCUUAUCUAUUUGUUCUUAGUUAGUGUUCUGGUCCUGUCCUCGUGUUACAUGGCCUUCAAGAUCGUGGUUCUGGAACAUCGCUUGAACUCCUUGGUUUCUGUGGGAGAAAGCGCGGCAAGCCACCAGUCUCAGGAGGGUUUUAAUGCGGAGGUCUAUAAAGAGCUGACCUCCAAUCUGCUUAAAUUAGAAAAGAUUCAGAAGAACCUCCUGAAGCUUCUUGGAGAGACAUGACUGAGUGUGGUGCCACCUUGGAAGAACACCUUCUAGUUCAACAUUUCAGAAGAUCUUUUCGUAAACAAUUGACAGUUAUCUUCAAUAGAGAUAUUUCAGACAUGUGUCUGAAUUAUAUUUGUGCAAUACAGCAGUGUUGUGCCUGAACGCGUUCAUUGAACGAUAGUUCAUGAACUCGUUCAUAUUUUCGGCGAACGCGAACUGAACGUACUGUAUUACUGCCUGAUGAACGUUACUGUGAACUCGUUCAUUCUGGUGUCUGUGAACGGCACGCGAACUCGGUUUGACUUCGUUCAAUUGGGGGGUUAUUUGUUUAUCAACACGGCGGAUGCGCGCGCAGAAUGAGAACAUUUGUUUGACCGGUUGCCGGUUACCUCCGUGUGGUUAAUUUGCAGUUGCGGUGUUGUCAGCUUACUGUUACAUUAAACUGCAAUCAGAAAAUGCGGUUGUAUGCUAUAGACCCUAUAGUGUCUGUGGUGUAAAGGCUGGGACGAAUUAAAAAAUAUAAAUACACUUUAUGUUGAAAGUAUAGACCGUCCCGAUUCCCAUUGAAACGAAUGGCGCGGUGAUUAUUCUUCAAAACGAGAUCUGUUAAAUCGUGAAAAAUGAAUCAAACUGUAAUCAGACAACACGGUUAUAUGCUAUAGACCCUAGAGUAUCUGUGGUAUAAAGGCUGAGACGAAUUUCGAAUUAUAAAUAUGUACAAU